GUUUACAUUUGAGAUUAAUAUUUUAAGAAAAUGAAGCCCUAAUUUUCUAUAAGUUACAUUAUUAGUAUUAAGUGUAGUUUUUUUUUUUUUUUUGACAGAGUCUCACUCUGUUGCCUGGGCUGGAGUGCAGUGGUGUGAUCUCAGCUUACUGCAGCCUCUGCCUCCCAGGUUCAAGUGAUCCUCCUGCCUUAGCCUCCCAAGUAGCUGGGAUUACAGGUGCACACCAGCACAUCCGGCUAAUUUUUGUAUUUUUAGUAGAGAUGGGUUUCACCAUGUUGGCCAGGCUGGUUUCAAACUCAAGUGACCUGCCCACCUUGGCCUCCCAAAGUGCUGGGAUUAUAGGCAUAAGCCACUGCGCCCGGCCCUAAGUGUAGUUUUUCUAAUGAAGAUAUGUUUUUGGAGAACACAGUGCUAAGAAUUUACUUAUAACUAGCUGGUAACUACUGUAAGGAUAGUUUGUGUCAGUUUUUAAUCUUAAGCAAUAUCAAGACAUUCUUCUAAAAGUCUUCUUAUGUUUCUGUAUUCAAGUAAUAACAACAGUUAAAAUAAGUUAUCCUCUAUUUCUGAGUUCAUAUUGCUUGGAUUAAGCUCUGUAACCUUUAAAGUACUUUUAAUCUGUUGCCUUUAUACAUACGCAUUUUACCUUUUAGCAAAUUUAAGAUCUUUUUGUAAGAUAGACUGGAAAUGAAAUGUAUUUCUUCUUAGUACUUAAAUACCUUUUCUCAAAACAAAACAAAACAACUCAAAAUGCUUCAGUAAUUCACAAAUACGGUAAAGAGAAUUUACUCUUAGAACUGUCAGGAAUUCCCCACACUGCCCUACUCCCAAGUAGGCUAAAUUUAAUAUUUAGAAUCGCAAAUAACAUGAAACAAGAAGGUAAUGGCAGGUUUUUCUGUUUGUUUAAUAUUAAACAUUCUUCUUGCUUUUACAGGUAUGGGCACAGCAUGGUAGAUAGAGGUAUUCCUUCCGUUUUUAUGAAAUGCCAUGCUGAUUUGUCUCUUUUAAAAUUACAAUCUUAAUUUUUAAAAAUAUAUAUUGUUCAAAAAUCUGUGGUCAGGUUGGUAAUAGGAAAUAUAGUCUUUUCUUCUUUUUUCUUGUUUUGGGAAACAUAGUCUUAUUUUGUUCCAAACACUGUGUAAGGAAUUCACUUAUGUAGGAUUAUAAUCCCAUAAUCAUUGUUCUGAAAUCCACAAAGCUCUAAAAACCAUAUAUAUUUUAAUACAUUUGCUGUUAAAUCUACUUUGGUGGUGAAGCCUGCACUGCACUGACAUAGGGCUAUGUAUAGUCUUUAACUCAUUUGGUGUGAAUACUCAUACAUUUUGCUGCAGAAAUACUGUGUGAGAUUAUGGGGUACUCACCCAGGACUCAAUGGGGGAGGUAUUAAGUUAAAGGAUGGGCAUAUCUAUUCUAUUUUUUAAAGUUCAGGCACACACAGGGACCCAAGGAUUUUGGAAAAGGAAGUGUGUACCCACACUUUAUCAUCAAGUCAACCUUUUAAAGUGGAUGCCAUUAUCACCCCCAUUUUUAAAAAUAAAGAUUAAGUAAAUUGCUCAAGGUCAUAUGGCAAGUAAGUGGCAAAGCUGGGAUUCUAAUUUGUGCAGUUUGGCUCCGGAGUCUAUGAUUUCAAUAAUUAAUUAUAAGGUGCUACUUUUCCCACUGCUUUUCUGUAAAAUCAUAAGCAUAUAGAUCAGUUACAGCCAAAAUUUAUUCAUUAAAAAUGUCAACACCUUUUAAUUAUGGUCUAACAGUUGGAUGAGAGAACCAGUAUACUACAUUCUGCUGAUAUUGUUAGCAAUUUACUCAUUGUAAUUUGUUGGAUUUGUCUCAAAUUUUUUAAGCCAUGCAUUCUUCCAUCUCUGUCUCUCUUUUUCUUAAUUCUUGCAAUUUCGAUGAAGUUUCUUAUUUGUAGAAAAAACUAGGUCAUUUGUCCUAUAGUUUCCCUCCAUCUGGAUGUUGAUUUCUUACCUUUUGUUAGUGUGUUCCGCCUCCUGUGUUUAAAUCUAAAGGCAAUUAUUUUUCAACAAAAAUACUUCAUUAGGUGGAAGUGUAUUCUUCCAGCAGGAGAUAGAUAAUUCCUGAUGGUUUCUCAGUUGUGAUAAAGAAAUAAUUGAUGAUCACUUCUUAAAUCUAUUAGUUCACAGAGCUUGCGGAGUGAUAUUGUCAUUUCUUUUUCAUUUAGUAGUUGGAAUGUUUCCAUAAAAAAAUUUACUUAUUUUGUUAUUUGCAUCAUAAUUCAUAUAGGAAAGACAGUAUAAAUAUUCCUGAUUCUUUCCCUUUGUUUACCAGUUUUCAGAAUAAGAGUUGGUUUCCUUCUGUCAUUAAAAAUGAACAGUGAUAACUUUUUGGCUUGCAUGUUUGGUUGAUUGGUCGUGUCUGAUAUAAUUAUUUAAAUGUAUCUGUCCUUCAUCCAAUUACAGUUACCUUUAUUUAUGUUUUAAAUCAUCCUAUCUUUGGCCAGUAGGAAGGUUUUCAAGGUGGAUCCUGGGUCCUUUUGAUAUGACCCUAAUAGCCUUUUGAUUGCUUUGCUGCUUCCUGAUGUAAGAUGUUGCAGGCUUAUCUUGUACAUUUCCUGCUCCAGACCCAAGAUCAUCCAUUGUUCUAUGGAGUCAAUGUUUCUUUUAAUGGGAAAUGGUUUGUAGAGAUCACAGUGUGAGCGCAAGGGGGUGCUUCUGCCUACUGGGUAGCUUGUCUCUAGGCCUUUUCAAUGGAGCACGUAGGAGAGAUGUGUUUUUAAAGAUUAACCAUACUGUUAAUCAUACUGAGGCCUCCAACUGAAAUUCAGAACUACAGGAUGUUUAUAUAGCCUGAUUAAGCUUUCAUAUUUCUAUCUCAUGUCAAAAAUUUCAGCUUCAAAGGUACCAUCAUAAUUACUUCAACUUGGUGUAUCCCAUAAUACCAAUAUUGCCACCAACAAUUUGGUUACGCAAUGCAGUCUACAAAAGAGUUUUUUUGUACUUUAGUCCUGAGAAUACAUCCCACUAAGUAUAUACAAAUUAAGUUUUAAAGUCACUUGGGAUAGCUCCUCUGGGUGAUAUGCCACAAUUGGAAAACAUUUAGGUUCAUUUAGUUUCAUUUUACUUUCAAGGAUUGCUUUUUAAAAACAGAAUUUUGCUUUAUAAUGUAACAUAUUUACAUGACUUCAAAGUCAUGUCUUCACGCCGGGCGUGGUGGCUCACACCUGUAAUCCAAGCAGUUUGGGAGGCUGAGGUGGGCAGAUCACUUGAGGUCAGGAGUUCAGGACCAGCCUGGCCAAUACAGUGAAACCCCGUCUCUACUAAAAAUAUAAAUAUUUGUCAGGCGUGGUGGCGCAUGCCUGUAAUCGCAGUUACUCAGGAGUCUGAGGGAGAAGAAUUGCUUGAACCCAGGAGAUGGAGGUUGCGGUGAGCCAAGAUCGCACCAUUGUACUCCAGCCUGGGCAAAAGAGUGAGACUCUGUCACACACACACACACACACACACACGCACACAAAAACCAAAAAACAAAGUCAUGUCUUCUUUGUUCCUCAUACCCCUCCUCUUCCCUCCUUGCCCAUAUAGUCAUUUUAAAUGUUAAUCUACUUGUAAAAUAAUAAUCAGUAAAUAUAUAUGUGUAUACACGUAUACACACAUAUUCCUCUUAGAAAAAUGGUAUUUACAUAUUACAUAUCCUUUUCCCACUCAAUAUUCUGUAGUGUACAGAGAUAUUUCUCAAUUCCUUUUUAUGCAUGCAUAGUUUUACAUUGUAUGGAUAAACCAUAGUUUAUUCAACCAGCCAUCUAUUGGUAGACACUUGAGUUUUAUGUCAGCUCAAAGAAAAUUUAAAUUCUAACAUUGAUAUUUUGGAGAGAAAUUCUAUUUGAGAAUGGCUGUUGCAGUAAGAGAGACUCAAUCUCAUGUUCAGGUUUAUCAUAUCUGGUUUCCUGGAAGUCUGAAUGACCAUUCAAUAUGUAGGUGUUUAAAAUAGCAUCACAUAGCCAGGUGUGGUGGCUCACACCUGUAAUCCCAGCACUUUAGGAGGCCGAGGCUGGAAGAUCACUUGAGGCCAGGAGUUGGAAACAAGUGCUGGGAACAUAGCAAGAACCUGUUUCUACAAAAAAAAAUAAAAUAGUACCAUGCACAUGUCAUACUAAUUUUAACCUUUUUGUAUGUGACAAAAAUAGGAUGGUAGCAAGUAGGCUGAGGAAGCUUUUUUUUUUUUUUUUUUAAUGAGACAGGGUCUCACUGUGGCCCAGGCUAGAGUGCAGUGUCUCAAUCAUGGCUCACUGCAGCCUCAACCUCACUGGGCUCAAGCGAUCAUCCUGAGUAGCUGGGACUACUGGCAUGAGCAACAGUGCCUGGCUUGAGGAAGCAUUUUAAAAAAUUACUGUCAUUAGUGUGGGAUGGUGAAGUAUGCAAAGUAUAAAAUAAUAGAGCAGUAAUUCUGUUAUAGGAAAGGGGUCCCAAUCCAGACCCCAAGAGAGGGUUCUUGGAUCUCGAGCAAGAAAGAAUUCAGGGCAAAGUGAAAGCAAGUUUAUUAAGAAAGUAAAGGAAAAAAAAAAGAAAGUAAAGGAAGAAGAGAAUGGCUACUCCAUAGACAAAACAGCCCUGAGUGCUGCUGGUUGCCCAUUUUUAUGGUUAUUUCUUGAUGAUAUGCUAGACAGGUGGAUUAUUCAUGCCUCCCCUUUUAAGACCAUAUAGGGUAACUUCCUGACAUUGCCAUGGCGUUCGUAAACUGUCAUGGCGCUGAUGGGAGUAUAGUAGUAAGGACUACCAGAGGUCUCUUUCAUGGCCAUCUUGGUUUUGGUGGGAUUUAGCCGGCUUAUUUACUGCAACCUGUUUUAUCAACAAGGUCUUUAUGACCUGUAUCUUGUGCCGACCUCCUAUCAUCCUGCGACUUAGAAUGCCUUAACGGUCUGGGAAUGCAGUCCAGUAGGUUUCAGCCUCAUUUUACUCAGCUCCUAUUUAAGAUGGAGUUGCUCUGGUUCACAUGCCUCUUGACAGUUCCCUUAGAGGCAAAAUCUUUUCUAUAAAAAGAAUAAAUUAAUACUGUAAAGUGCUUUAGAACAAUGUUUGGCACAUGUUAAACACCACAUAUGUUUUUGCUGUUAUUAUUUGAAAAAAAUUCCAGAUAAGAUUCCUAAUUUAGCAGGUCACUAAUGGAACUUGUAACAAUUCUUAAACAACAUUACUUUUAAAAACUACGUAAAAAGCAUGUAAGCCUUUGGAAACAAACUUGUUUCCUUAUGAUCAUAUUAUUUAACUUCUGGUGACUUGAUUCAUUUGAGCAUGUUUAUUUUGAAGUCAUCACCUUCAUAUAAUCAGUUCAACUUUAGUCACUAUUUAAUGAUCAACUCUACUGUGCUGUAGAUGGAAUACUAGGCCUGGGGGAGCUUAGAGGAAAAGACAGUGGGGGAUGGGAGUUCAAAUAAUUAUAAGCAGUAAUAAAGUAAAUUAACAAAACCAUAAAAAUUAAACUCCACAGAGUAGCAUUUGAACUUGAUGAGUUUACGGAUAGGUAAAACUAUACUGCUUUUAAAAUGUGUGUGGACUUCAAAGUAUCCUCACCAUCACAAAGUGUAUUCGGUGAACGAUGUUCAGUCCCCAAAUCUGGAAGUUAGGGCGGCAACUUCUGCUUGAAAUAAGACAAAAGUAAAAAUCCACCUCAGUGCAACGCAGAAGACACAAGAGUCAGGUUUUCUACCCACCCCGUCCUAAUAUCCUCUGAGCGCUUUAACGCUCUCGCUCAAGGAGGCGCGGGCUGCUGCGAUGGAGAUGGGCGUCCGGCGCCCGCACGUGCCGUCGGUCUUUCCGGCCCUGGUGAGGGAGCUGGCGGACUCGCACGAACGUUCGCGGGAGAACGCCAGGAAGGGCAGAUGGUUCCUCGACUCUGAGCCCCUCCCUGCUGCGCUCGCCAGGUUGAGGCCGCUCGCCGGGCUGAAGCCUCUCCGAGCGUCGGGCCCCGCGCCCUGGCCCUCCUGGGUGUAGUCCCGGUCCUGCCUCUGCGGGGCCCGAGCCCGCCCACGGCGCCGGCUGGCCAAGGUGUCCCAGCUGCUCCUUGGCGCCCCCUGGCCCAGCUCCCGCGCCCGAGGUUUCCGGUGAGCGGCAGUAGCCGGUUAUGACGACUCCCUCCUCUGGAACAGCCGCCGUCUCCUCCGCCUCCUCCUCGGUAGUUCACGGCUGCCCCGGCUCCAGGCCUGUGGAAAUCGAAUCAAGGGUUUCUGGAGUGGAGUGAUUCCAGCUGCUUUGAGCUGAAGGAAAAGUAGCCUGGCCAGUAAAGCGUCCGUGUGCUGGAGGAGUGCAGCCACCCAUCCCGGCGGGCCUUGCAGGAGGACCGACACCAGGAAGGCUUUGUGCCAGGCCCAGCAGCCACCCCCAGCCGCCUUAUGCAAGUGGGUACAUGCCCUCGCCAGACGCCAGCUUUCUGAUCUGCGUCUUUAGAUUUUUUCCAUCGCCUAAGCGUUACUUCUCCACUGAUCGGUGAGUUUAGUGAUGGCCAGAGCUCACUGGAGGACAAUGGACUUGGAUAACCAAAGGUCAGGGCUUGGUCAUAACAAUGACUUUAUUACCGGGAAGGACGAGUCAAAAAAUAGGAAGGCCUGGGAACCCUCAGGCUCGCCACUCUAGGUUUUAGAGACCUGAAACAUCACAGAAGCUUCUGAGUGGUUCUGAAGAUUCAAGAGGUUUGCAGGUUGCUAUGUUAAUGUUGUUUGUCUUUGGAGUCUUACUUCAUGAAGUCUCACUGAGUGGUCAGAAUGAAGCGCCUCCUAAUACUCACAGCAUUCCCGGUGAACCUCUGUAUAACUAUGCCAGCAUCCGCUUACCAGAGGAGCACAUUCCCUUCUUUUUGCACAACAAUAGGCAUAUUGCCACUGUCUGUAGGAAAGACUCUCUUUGUCCAUAUAAGAAACACCUAGAGAAGCUAAAGUACUGCUGGGGUUAUGAGAAAUCCUGCAAACCAGAGUUCAGGUUUGGUUACCCAGUUUGCAGCUAUGUCGACAUGGGAUGGACGGACACUCUUGAGUCAGCUGAGGACAUAUUUUGGAAACAAGCUGACUUUGGAUAUGCCAGAGAGAGGCUGGAGGAGAUGCAUGUGCUCUGUCAGCCUAAGGAAACGAGUGACUCAAGUCUGGUGUGUUCCCGUUAUCUUCAGUACUGCAGAGCAACCAAUCUCUACCUUGAUUUAAGAAACAUCAAGAGAAAUCAUGACAGAUUUAAGGAGGACUUUUUCCAGAGUGGUGAAAUUGGAGGGCACUGUAAACUUGACAUCCGUACAUUGAUGUCUGAAGGUCAGCGCAAAAGCCCUCUGCAGUCAUGGUUUGCUGAGCUGCAAAGCUAUACUCAGCUCAACUUCAGACCUAUAGAAGAUGCUAAAUGUGACAUUGUCAUUGAAAAACCAACAUAUUUCAUGAAAUUAGAUGCAGGUGUUAACAUGUAUCACCACUUCUGUGAUUUCAUCAAUCUUUAUAUUACUCAGCACGUUAAUAACUCAUUCAGUACUGACGUGUACAUCGUGAUGUGGGACACCAGUUCUUAUGGAUAUGGUGACCUGUUCUCCGACACAUGGAAUGCAUUUACUGAUUAUGACGUUAUACAUUUGAAAACUUAUGAUUCCAAAAGGGUAUGUUUUAAAGAAGCUGUUUUUUCAUUACUCCCCCGCAUGAGGUAUGGGCUGUUCUAUAAUACUCCUCUGAUAUCUGGCUGUCAAAAUACUGGACUAUUCAGGGCAUUUGCCCAGCAUGUACUACACAGACUAAACAUCACACAAGAAGGACCUAAGGAUGGAAAAAUUCGAGUCACCAUUCUUGCACGGAGCACAGAAUACCGGAAAAUCCUAAACCAAAAUGAGCUUGUAAAUGCGCUGAAAACAGUAUCUACAUUUGAAGUCCAGAUUGUUGAUUACAAGUAUAGAGAACUUGGGUUUUUAGAUCAACUAAGGAUCACACACAACACGGACAUAUUUAUUGGAAUGCAUGGAGCUGGUCUGACCCAUUUACUUUUCCUUCCAGACUGGGCUGCUGUAUUUGAACUGUAUAACUGUGAAGAUGAACGCUGUUACUUAGACUUGGCCAGGCUGAGAGGCGUUCACUACAUCACUUGGCGACGGCAGAACAAAGUCUUUCCUCAGGAUAAGGGCCACCAUCCAACCCUGGGGGAGCACCCGAAGUUCACCAACUACUCUUUCGACGUAGAAGAAUUUAUGUAUCUUGUCCUUCAGGCUGCAGACCACGUAUUGCAACACCCAAAGUGGCCAUUUAAGAAGAAACAUGAUGAGCUAUAAAUAUGCUGAGUCUGUUUGCAAAAAGAGAGUGUUUAAACACGCCAACACCCAGACUUAGAAUUAAAUCAGUAAAGCAAUCUGUUAUUUCCUAUCCCCGAAUUACCUUUUCUAUGCCAAAACGUACCUUCAGGAUAUUGUUAUGUGUUUUAUAGAUGUUAAGUGUUUCAUGUGGUUUUUGUGUCAUUGCUAUUUAUCAAUAGCAAUAAUUUUGCACUGAAAACUUUUUAUAGUUCAAAAAUUAAGCAUGGACCCCCCAGUAUACUUUAACUUUCUUUCUUUCUUUUUUUUUUUUGGAGACAGAGUCUCACUGUCACCCAGGCUGGAGUGCAGUGGCAUGAUCUCAGUUUAUGCAACUUCUGCCUCCCAGGUUCAAGCGAUUCUUUUGCCUCAGCCACCUGGGUAGCUGGGAUUACAGCCUGCAUCACCACGCCUGGCUAAUUUUUUGUUGUUGUUGUUGAGAUACAGUUUCACUCUGUCACCCAGGCUGGAGUGCAGUGGCGUGAUCUCAGCUCACUGCAACCUCUGCCUUCUGGGUUCAAGUGAUUCUUGUGCCUCAGCCUCCCAAGUAGCUGGGAUUACAGGCGUGCACCACCACGCCCAGUUAAUUUUUGUAUUUUUGAUAGAGACGGGGUUUCACCAUGUUGGCCAGGCUGGUCUCGAACUCUGGGUUCAAGAAAUCCUCCCACCUUGGCCUCCCAAAGUGCUGGGAUUACAGGUGUGAGCCACCACGCAUGGCCCUGAACUUUCUCUUUUUAGGAAUACCAAAGUUUUCAGCUUUUUCAGCUUUAGAAUUUGUAAAUAUUUUUGUAGAAUAUCAUAUGACUGUAAUUCCAGAGUGUUCCAACUUGUUUAUGAUAUAUUUGGGUAAAUUUACAACUGUUCUUUUAUUUGCCAUAAUCUGGUUAUAACACUGUUUGUGGUAGGAAAGGAAAACAUGCAAAACAUACACACACACACACACGCAGAGUUGUGAUUCUCAGUACCAAGCUAUAGGACCAUGUUAUAGAUCAGCGUUUAGUCACCUCCAGGUUAUAUGCAUCAAGAACCUGAAUAAAUCAUGCCACUAUAUUGAUUUAUAUUACAUGUUUCAUAUUUAAAUCAUGUUUUCCUAAAAUGUAGCAACUACAUGUGAUAAAAGCAAAUUAGAACAUUGUAUAGGACUGUUUUGCAUACCUUCUGUCUGGUUUCCACUGAUUCCUUCUUAGCCAUGGAGAGCAUUUGUGAUGAAUUAAUUUAUAUAUGAAAUAAUGGUUUCCAUUUUAUGCGAGUAUUUGUAACUGCAUGUACCAGUGCGUGUGCAUCUACCUCUGUCAGCAUGAAAGUAUUCCAGUCUUUAAUUUCAAAAACUUCAAGUUAGCCUCAUGAAGAGAAUUUUUCCCUGUGAAAAGUAAGACCAAGAAAAAACAAACUAAAGACAUGUGACUUAUUCAAUGAAAGUGAAAAAGAAGCUCUAAAAAAGUGUCAUUGAUUGAAAAGAAUAUCUGGAAUGUAGCCCCACUCUUUGAGUGGGAUUCAUUUCUUACUGCUUAUGAACUUUCAAUUUAGUAGUCAGAAACCAUGGAUUUAUUUUACUGCACAAUGUGAAGUUUACAUUUUAUUAACACUUGAGUAGUCUGAUUUAGAGACUAGUUACUUCUAUUUUUUAAAAUAAUGGAGUAGCAAAUUACAGAAUAGCUAAAUAAUUUUUUAAAAAUAUUUCACAGUUGUAAAAAAUAUCCAUCAGAAAAAUGACACACAAAACAAAAUAUCUGGACCUUUACAGAAGAUGUUUGCUGACCCCCACUUUAAAGGAUUGGAACAGUCUUCUAGAAUUUAGGAAUAUUUAUUAAAAUACCUGUAAAGAAAAUAGUGAAGCACUGUAGCAAUGGCUUUGAUUCAGACCUUAAAAUCACAUAAGAAGAAUUACAACAUGUUACGGAUUUUUAAGUGGCAGGUAUUGUAACUGUUUUUUUGUGCAAAAUACUGAGUAACCACUGGGAAAAUAUUUCAGAUGAAAGGGAUGACAAAAGCAUGUUGCACUUUGCAUCAGCAAGGCAUUGACUUCUGAAAAAAUGAUCUGAAAAAAAAGUUUCACCUUUUGUCUUCUUACCUCAUUUUAAGAAGCGUGUGAAAAUGGGAUGCUAUAGACUAGUGAGAAUUUCAGAAAUUGAGAACAAUUUCAUAAUAAAACGGCUAUAUUUGAAGAGAGAAUACAUUUUAUAUAAACAGGAGAAUACAUUUGACACUUUAUGGAAUUUUAUGAGACUGUGUGGGAACAGAAGUUCUUCAAAUUGUAAAAUGUAAAGAUUGCUCUUUUUAUUAAGUCUUUAACAGGGAUGUAUUUCAUUGUAUGUUUUGGGUAUGGCUUUGGAAUAAAUCAUUUUAUAUUUUAUUUGAAUAUCA